AUGAAUAUUCUGGAGUGUCCGAUAAUUUCUAUCGACGUCCGCAUUUGUCGGUUCUGGUCGUACCUACUGAAGCACGACUUCAUGCGCUACGUUGGUACUAUUCCGGCGGGCCUGCUGGUACUGUUUAUGUUCGCUGAUCUAUGCCACAGCGAGAAUAAUUUCGAGGAGGUCAUCAUAAAUGCAUUCUUUGCUAUAAUACUGUUCAAUACGCUUGCAAUUGAAGACGAAGCAGUGCGGAGUGUGUUAUCAAGCCUCACCCAGCGAGCGAGAGUACUAUGUUACAGUAACUAUGCACUAGGACACUUCGUUGCAGCGUGCAUCUCGGCUUAUCCACUGUUCACCAGCAGCCGCCGAAUGCUGUUCAGUCUGUACAUUCCAGGAUUAGAUGUUCUGGAGUCGCCUCAGUAUGAGAUAAUCUGCAUCAUGCAGGCUUUGUGGUUGAUUCCUGCCUGCGGCAUGUAUUUUCCGUUCACUAAUUUCUUCAUGUCUGCCACUUUAUUUGGAGUGAUUCAGAUCAAAACUUUACAACAUCAACUGGCAACACUGAAAACUACUUUUAUAGGGGAACAUACGGACAGUCUGAACUGCAUCGUGAAUAAGUACAUCGAAGAUCAUCUACGGAUCAAAGACUACGUGUAUGAAUUCAAUUCAUUAGUAACCUACGUCUGUUUCUUUGAAUUCGUAUCAUACGGAAUUUUUAUGUGUGCUCUAUUGUUUCUACUAAUAAUGACCAAGAAUCCAACCCGGUUGUUGUUCAUCGUUCCUUAUUUGGUUGCGGUAGUAUUGCAGGUUUUCGCCUUCUACUGGCAUGCGAAUGAAGUUAGCGAACAGAGUCUCGGAAUCGCCAAGGCUGCUUACAAUGGACCUUGGACCGACGUAAAUGAUUCAGUGAAGAAAAAACUGCUGCUAAUUAGCCUCAGUGCCCAGCGUCCAUUAAAGAUAACACUAGGAAACGUAUUUCCGAUGACGCUGGAGAUGUUUCAAUCAUUACUCAAAACAUCGUACUCAUAUUGUACUAUACUGAGACGAUUCAAUAGAUGA